AUGGCGUACAAUGUGAUCAAAGAGGAUUUCAUGCACGAAGUCGACGGAACCAAAGCGACCAUCAAGUCCUUUGCCGUGGCCUGCGCCAUCGUGAGUGGUACCACCACAGUGGCCGAUGUGGUUGGCCAGUACCGCGGCUUGUUUAUAUUGGCCACAGGGCUCUGCACCGGGGCCUUGGUUCCGCAUUGGGAGUACGAGAUGGACUACCAGACCAUUUCAGAGUGGCUCGUCCAGGCCUUCGAGAUGUUAAGCAAAUCACUGGACGAGACUUUGCAAAUUGCAAUGACUGCCAACUACUACAGUAACGGCGUAUGGCUUGUCGAUGAUGACAACAUGGCUAACAGGCAGCAGCUAGACGGUCUUACCCAGCUUUUACGGAAGAAGAUAGUCGACAUGGCGGUGAACACCACGCUGACGCGCCUUGUCGGCGAUACGAGUAUCAAGCAGGAUGCUUGCACAGGUACGGGCCAGUAUCGGAUCGAGGGCUACUGUUGGUAUCUCAUCAGCGCGUUCACGGGCCAAGCAUACUCGUGGUGCAAGGAGGAGGCUCUGAACUGCAACCUGCCCUGGACUGUCAACAAGGACCCUCAGUACUACCAGAAGAUCACCAAACAUGGCCUACAACUCCUGCCGUACUAUAAGGCACUGAUCGACUGCGCAAAACAUGGAGGCGGCGAACCUGUGGCUACAACAGCUUCCGCAACCGACCUCACGCUACCGCGGUGCUACUAUAACACGCCAGCAAGCCUCAUUGAAUGGAGGUUGAUGAGUAACUGGGUCACCGACAGGGCCCGAUUUUUAAACAGGCUGGAAUGGAACAGAGACGAUGACGCUCAUGUAUAA